CUUCGGCCCGGUUGCACACUUCCAAUAAGCUUUUAAUUGUGUAAAUCAUUUCUUUCAGGCACAGACAUUUCCAGUGAGUGUUGGGUUCAAGAAGCAGCAAACCUAAAGCACCAGUUGAUGGCAUUUUACAAUAGCUGGAACUUCAGUAAACUGUCAUCAUUUCCUGAUUCCUCCCAUCUUUCCAUAGACCUGAAAUCCCUCUUUGCAGACAUAUCUGUGGUCUUGAAGGACACCAAGAAUCAGCCAGUUCGGCAGCUGACAUUACCUGAUAUACUGUCCGUUCUGAGUGAUAUCACCAUGAUAGAAGGUGAGGCUGGCAGUGGGAAAACGGCUCUGCUCCGAAAAAUAGCCAUUCUCUGGGCCUCAGGAACCUGUCCCAUACUCAGCCGGUUCAGCCUUGUCUUUUAUAUCUCAAUUUCCUCCACUGAAAACCAACAAACAUUAAGUGACAUAAUCAGAAAACAACUCGUUGGAUCCACGACAUUGCUUAAUGAAAAUGUUCUGGAAGAAAUUAUAAGACAUUUAGGAAACCAAGUCCUGUUUCUUGUGGAUGACUAUGGUGAAACAGAAUUGGCUCCUGAAGCCAUAGAGGACCUUAUGCUAAAUAAUCCUGCCAACAGAGUGAGUGUUGCAGCCACCACAUGUACUGGCACGGGCAGGAAGCUGCGGAAAUAUGCAAGGAAUGUAAUUGGCAUUCAAGAAUUCCCAUUGUACAGCUCAAUAUAUCUUUGUAGGCAGCUUUUUUCACAUGACAUGGCAUUUGUGGAGACCUUUUUAUUGGAGUUAAUAUCUUCAAAAACAUUGCAAGCUGCAUUAAAGACCCCUCUUUUUGCGUUUGCUCUUUGUGUUUACUGGGUAGAGAACCCUAACGAAAAAGUAUCAGGGGAUACUGUGAUUUGCAAAGCCUAUCUAAUGCACAAUAUGUUAAAUCAUCCCAAAGAAAGAGACAGAGUAAAAGCUCUGAUCUCAUCAUGCGGGCAAUUAGCCCUGAAUGGUCUCAUCCAGUCUUGCUUUGAGUUUACGGAUGGAGAUCUGUGUACAUCUGGUGUAAACAGCAAUGAUGCUCUCAAAUUUGGUCUUCUGAGUAAGUUAACCUCCCAGAGACUUCAUCCCAUCUACAAGUUCUUUCACCCAUCUUUUCAGGAGUUUCUUGCUGGCAUAAGGAUCAAUGAGCUCAUGGAGUCUACUGAUUCAGUUCAAGUAGAACAUGCUACAUUAUAUCUCCGUCAAAUUAAUACCUUCAUUAAAAUUGCUGGACGUUAUCAUUAUUUUUUAAAGUACUCGUGCAUGCAUUCUCCCAAAACAACAUCCAUUAUUAUUUCCUACCUGUUUGAUUUAAUGAAUAACAGUGAUGCGUAUGACUGUCAAGUAGACACAACCAAUCAUUUGCAACAUCACCCUGAUCUUGCAAACAUAGAAGAAAUUAUAAGCUUACUAAGUAGCAACAAACAACAUUUUCUCCUUUCGUUUGUAUUUUACAUGUUAUUGUAUUUCUCUAUUAAAGUAGCACAAGAAAGCAAUUCGAUGACUGAAUGUGCUCCCAUCAUCUUGCGUUUCCUUAGUGGACAAGAUCUCUCUAUGGAUUUAACUUCACCAAAUGUGGAGCUAUGUAGAUUUCUGAAGCAAUAUCCAGAAGCUUUCUCAAUGAUUAGGAGCCUCACGCUAUCUGUAUCUGGAACUGAAUGUGAAUCAGAUCUGGAUUUUGUACAUAACGAUGACUUUGCAUCUCACUGGGAUGUUCAAACGGUUGACCAAGAAUAUUCUCAAGCUUUCCAAUUAGUUUCAGAAGUCUUUCAGAAAACCACUCCUAAGAACUAUCUUCUUAGGAAAAAUGUGGACCUUUCCAAUUUGGUUUUCAACGUAGGAACUUCCAAAAGUCCUGUUUUAAAGAUUGAGGUUAGCGGCCACAUCAUAGAUUGGGGCACUUUACUUUGCAAUCUAAUGGUUUUCUUGUCUCUUUCUGACCGCAUAGAACUGUACGUAAAGUGCUGUCCAGGGUUUCUUGCAUCUGUCAGGAUGUGCAUUGAGAAAUAUGUUGACAAAUUUGUAAAGUGCAGUAUUUGUAAGGUAGGACUAAGCACAGAAGAGGAAAAGCUGAUUAUCCAGAUGUCAUCACUGGAAACUCUUGAAGUAACUGUCUCUCAUCUUCCAGGUGAUUAUUUUACAUUACUUCGAUUGAGCAUUUAAUACUCCGGUUACCCCAACCUAUGCAGAAGUCUGCCCUUUGCCGGUCCAAUCCCUUUUAUAAUUGGAAUUAGCUUUAUUUCCAACAUAGUGAUUUUAAAUGAUUACAUAAUAAAAAAACAAAAUACAAACAAACUGACCUAAACUACCAUCCUUUGCUGUAAAUGAGAAAGUAUCUAAAGGGGCUACAUUAAUAGUAUCAAUAUUUCCAACCUUGAUUACCGUGAUAGUUCAUCCACUCCUCCCUCUCUCAGCCUAUCACUGUCUCCCAAUUUGGAUGAAUCUUAUAGUAUAUAGUACGACUGGGUAGAGCUUGGGUUUGUGUCAAACUGUGUCUGAACAGUUUAGCAAAAGUUGGGACCCAUAGACCAGUGCUCCUCAACCCUCUCCUAACAGUGCAGGAUUUAGGGAUUACCUGUGUGUCUAAGCUGUUAAAAAUACAACAACAACAAAAAAAACACCUUAGACUCUGCAGUGGUCCCCAACCAAGUCCUCUUGGACCACCAACAGUCCAUGAUUUAUGUAUUUCCCUGUUUUAUUCCAAUGGAGAUACUGAUCCAACCUGGACUGUUGAAGGUCAAUGAGGACUGGGUUGGAGAAGGUGUUUUUAUUUCUUUUUCUAAACACCUUAGACACAUCCGGGUAAUACCUAAAUCCGUGACAGUUAGGUGUGCCUUGAGGAGAGGGUUGACAGCAUAAUUAUGGCAUUAAGCUUCAGUGGUCAUGAUGCUUUGUGUGGCCCUUUAAUGCCAGCCCCUCUAUCCUGCUUUCACUGAGUGGUAAACUCUAUGCACUAACAAAGUGUUAUCAAUUCAGUCUUGUUUUUCAUUAGUUUUAUAUCUACUGUAGAUAAUUUAUGGGGUUUUUUUUUCUUCUUUUUCUCCCUAGAAUAUUUAAUUUCACAUUUGGAUAGAUUCCAGGAACUAAAGGAACUGAUACUGACCUGUCGUUUAUCUGACGAAUGGGAUGUGAUUAAUAUUUUGCCAGAUGGUUUUAAAAAACUCCAACAUAUAAAAAAAAUAGAGCUAAACAAUGUGAAUCUGAGAACACAUUCUUUGCAGUUUGGUAAGCAAUAUAGAUUUUUAAUAACGGGUUUGUUUUUGUAAGGCAUAGCGGAAGACUGAAUUAUACUAAUGAUACUCAGAUCACUAAGGGCUUGUUUACAAUCUUGAUGCUGCUUUUUAUGUUUUUUAUUAUCCAGCCUGUCACCACCUGUCACAGCAGCUACUAAAUAACCGCUUUAUUUCACAAGUAGUUACAUGGGGUUGCUGACUGCUGAAAUCACAAACUAGCGGCUAAUGGCUCUCAUUGUCCUUAAUGGGAGCCACUAACUUCUGCUGAGUGUUCUGUUUUACAACCGUGUUGCUACUUUUUAACAGCCGCCUCUAAUUCAAAAGAGUUAAUACCAGCCCCUUGCUGAGAAUAGAGGAACGUAAUUGAAUCCCUAUAUAACCGAUUAAAAGAAAAGGUCUUUUUCUAACCCCACGACCAGUUUUUACUGGCCCGCACAGGGUGAAGUGCGCAUGUUCCUGUGUUCAUUUACAUGCUUUACCAGCAAAAGGCUAAUAUGCAAGUGUUUCAUUUCUGUAGCAGGAGCUGGUUGUAGCGAUAGGCUACAAAAACUUUGCAUUAAAAUUAUAAACCUGGUUGCAAUUUGUAGCUGAUCUAAGCUGCUGGUUGUUAUUAAUAGCAUUUAACAAAAAAGACUGCACUCCUGGUUCUACCAUGGUGCCAGUAGAAACAGGUAUUCUAGAUUGAUGCUCCAGACAAAUAGGUUGGCGUACCUCAGAAAUAUACUUGCAAAAGCAUUUGGUUUGUACAGACUUUAUUAGGAACCAUAGACUUUAACCCCUUAAGGAUACAUGACAUGUGUGACAUGUCAUGAUUCCCUUUUAUUCCAGAAGUUUGGUCCUUAAGGGGUUAAAAUGACAUUUCAGACAAGCUGGCCUUUGUCAAGCUAUGAUGACUUGACAGUUUGGCCGCAACGUUGUCAUUUUUUGAAAUUAAUAUUUUAUUGCCUUAUAGAACAAGGGUACGGGAUACAGAAAAAAGAGAGGAUGUGGGGGUUGGGAGGGGGAAUUCAUAGUAUAUUUCAUACAUCAGACAUUGCAGGUAUCUUUGUUUAUUGUACAGCCAGUCUUCGUAUUUAACAUCGGUUGGAUGAUACAUUAUAUCUACGUAACAUUUAUAACAGUGAUUCUGUCCACCUGGAGCCUUUGUUGGUACAAAACCGAGUGAUUUGGCCAACCGAGUUGUAUUAUUAUCUUUGGUUUUGCAUGACAUAUAAACGAGUAACAUAAAAGAAAACGAAGAACUAUAUACAAAGGUCCGUCUAAGGGAGUGCAAGGAUGCACAGACUGGUUAAACAUGGGUCUGAGAGCCUGUGGAGGGUGGGAAAACCCAUAAAGGGAUAUCGUGCCCUGUGAUUGGGAGCGGUUUGCUAGGCCCUCGAACGUGCAUCUUGUAUUGUUAGCAGUUUGGGAGGGGGGAGAAACAUGGGUACAGGAUUUUUAAACAUAACCCCCUUUUUUAGUAAACAUCAACCCGGUAUACAAGUAAAAUCUAAUGAGGAAAAUAUUAAGUAUGAAUACAUAUCUUAAUUGAUGUCUCUUAUCUGUUAUAAAGAUUUGGAAGGCACAGUGUGAAUUUUCUUCUGGUAAAGAAAUGGGGCACAAUCAUUGCACCGCUGCUGCUGUGUGCCAGUCGGUGGUGAUUUUUGACAGUGAGUGCUGCAGCUUUUGUUUUGUUGCUUGGCUUCUCGGCAUAGCCACUGGUAUCUUCCAUUCCUUGAGUGUUCUACCGCCUUCCUCCAGCGUUAUGUGUCUCGUCACGCCAUUAUAGUUGACAAUAAUGCAUGCUGGGAACCCCCAUUUGUAUUUCAGGUUUUUUGCUCGCAAUGCUUGCGUGAUCGGAGCGAGACUUUUCCGUUUCAGGAGUGUUGAGGCUGACAGGUAAGUGAAUAGCUUCACUGCUGCAUAUCUGCCUGUCAUAUCUGGGGAGCGGCGUGAGGCCCGCAUGAUUUUUUUUACUUUAGCCGUGAAGUAGUGCAGCUUGGUUAUUACAUGCCUGUGCAGUGAUUGCAGCAGAUUUUGCGGCUUAGGCAGCCUGUGGAUCCUGUCUAGGAGAAGGUCUCUAUGUGAGAGCUCUGGGGCUAACGUUUGAAAAAGCUCUAUAGUAUAUGUGGCCAGAUCCUGAGGAAGGAUUUCUGGGAUACCCCUCAGGCGGAUGUGGUUGGCCACUUUGUCUUCCAGCCUAUCCAGCUCUGUAUAUGAGUCUGCCAAUGUAUUAUGAGCUUCAAUUAUUUCCUCUGUUUUUUCUUCCAAUUGGUUGGUUCUCUCUGCGAUGGCAAAUUCAGCAUGCAUGGAGGUUUGCAGAUCGUGUAGCAUCUUUUGAACUGAGGAGUCUGUUGCUGGAGCUUGGUUAGGCAUUGAAAUGCUUGUGCUCUCACUGCGGUCCGAGCAAGAGGCAGGUGAUCGCGGUCCGUUGGCGCCAUUGUGGGAGCGCGGCUAGGACAGAGCCGCAAUUUGCAGCGUAGAUUUCUGCUCUUUUUGGGCAGAUUUUUGUGCAUGAUGUGUAGGGGUGCUGUGGGACCCUGGUACUUGCCGUUUGCGGGCUUGCAUUCGCUGUUUUUGUCGCUGUGGAUUAAUCCCUCACAGGGAGCAAACCGCUCAUGCGGCCAUCUUGGUGAGCUGCUAAACCACACCCCCAACAUUGUCCUUUUAAAGGCCAUGGUUCCUAAUAAAAUCUGCACAAACCAAGAUACUUUGAGUGCCUGGUUAUUUCAUCUACUCUUGCAAGGCUGUUAUUAUUAGCGACAAGCUUUUGACUUCUUUUUACCAAGAAGGUUAUAAUCAAGCCCCAAGCAUAAUGAGGAUUGUAGUUCAAAACAUUACAAAAAUUUACAAAAAAUAUCUCAGGAAUGCUAGCUCUGCAGCUCAUGAGAAUAAAUUAAAUACACAUUUUAUUUAAAAAAAUAAAAAGUCUUAGCGCCAUAUUGGAGAAACCCUUAAGUAUAUACUGGGUACUCUAUGAAAAAAACAACAACUUCAUAUGCAUAAUUUCCAUUAGUUAAAAAAAAAAAACCUUAGAAGUAUCUACAGCAUAUAUUUUUCAGUGUGUAUUCUUCCAAAAAUUUGUGAAAAUAUUUUAAUAUCCAAGAGUUCUUGGGUAGUACUAGACACAUUUUAUUUUUUUGUGGGAGAUGAAUGGCCUUCUAAAACCAGAUUUGAGCUUUUAAAAGACUAGAUUUUAUCGAUAUUUUACAUUGUAAUAUAGGUUAUUUUGGCGUUUAUUAACUAACUUGCAAGUUUUAGGCCUAAAUAAUGGAAAUUUAAAAAAAUAGGUAAUUUGAUUAAUUUUUCAAAUACUACUUUUCUUGUGUGUUUUGCAGCUAAGUUCAUUGAACACUUCUCAAACCUGUCAUGUUUCGUCCUGAGCUGUGACUGCUGUCCGGAAUUUGAAAAGCUGAUUAAAACAUUGUCACAGAAUAGACAAAUAAAAAAAAUACACCUUUCUGGACUAUUUAUAACAAACAAGGAAAUAUUAGAUUUGGGUAAGAAGUUUGGAAAUGAAAAAAUAACCAUUUUGUUAUCGUAAACAAAUUUUUUAAAGUAUUUUGGAAUAUUUUGACCUUCCAAAUAUUGGUUGCAGGGUAAUCAUAUGUUGUUUCUGAUAUUUUUUUCUACAAUAAGAAAAAAGCAGUAUGUUAAACAAUCUUCAAAGCAGGAGUUGGGGGUAAAGAUAAGCGGAAUAGACUGGUGUAAGGAUAAUUUAAACAUAGGACUAUAUUAGGCCAACAACAGACAGGUUCCUAAUAAAUUAUAUCAGAGUAAACAAUAAUACAGUUUUAGAAUAAGUAGGAGAAAGUCUUACAAUGGAUACAAUAAUUUAGUGUAUGAUGGAGAUAGAACACUGUAAGUUUAAAGUAUUGAUGCAAAGCUUUAGACUGUAAGCUUGUUUGAGCAGGGUCCUCAUCUGCCUAUUGUUCCUGUAUCAUUUUGUAAUUGUCUCAUUUAUUGUUAAAUUCCCCCCUUUCAUAAAAUUGUAAAGCGCUGGGGAAUAAGUUGGCGCUAUAAAAAAAAACAAUAAUAAUAAUAAAGCAAUUCGUUUUUCUCUUAAUAUCUGAAAACUCUUAAAAGCCAUGUCUUUUUGCUGAUGAUACUAAGAUAUGUAACAGGGUUGAUGUUCCAGGAGGGAUAAGCCAAAUGGCAAAUUAUUUAGGUAAACUAGAAAAAUGGUGGAUAAGUGCAAGAUAAUUUUAAUGUGGAUAAGUGCAAGAUAAUGCAUAUUGGACUUAAAAACCCAAGGGCAGAGUACAGAAUAUUUGAUAGAGUCCUAACCUCAACAUCUGAGGAAAGGGAUUUAGGGGUGAUUAUUUCUGAUGACUUAAAAGUAGGCAGACAAUGUAAUAGAGCAGCAGGAAAUGCUAGCAGACUGCUUGGUUGUAUAGGGAGAGGUAUUAGCAGUAGAAAGAGGGAAGUGCUCAUGCCAUUGUACAGAACACUGGUGAGACCUCACUUGGAGUAUUGCACGCAUUACUGGAGACCGUAUCUUCAGAAGGAUAUUGAUACCUUAGAGAGGGUUCAGAAAAGGGCUACUAAACUGGUUCAUGGAUUGCAGGAUAAAACUUACCAGGAAAGGUUAAAGGAUCUUAACAUGUAUAGCUUGGAAGAAAGACGAGACAGGGGGGAUAUGAUAGAAACAUUUAAAAAUAUAAAGGGAAUCAACACAGUAAAGGAGGAGACCAUAUUUAAAAGAAGAAAAAUUACCACAACAAGAGGACAUAGUCUUAAAUUAGAGGGACAAAGGUUUAAAAAUAAUAUCAGGAAGUAUUACUUUACUGAGAGGAUAGUGGAUGCAUGGAAUAGCCUUCCAUCUGAAGUGGUAAAGGUUAACACAGUAAAGGAGUUUAAGCAUGCGUGGGAUAGGCAUAAGGCUAUCCUAACUAUAAGAUAAGGCCAGGGACUAAUGAAAGUAUUUAGAAAAUUGGGCAGACUAGAUGGGCCGAAUGGUUCUUAUCUGCCGUCACAUUCUAUGUUUGUAUCAGGGUUAUUCACAAAAGUAGGAAUUAAAAAGUGAAUUCAAAGAUAAUUUAAAAGUAGUAGAAUUGAAUGCAUAGCUGACUUCCAUCUAGGCUAUUUUUACCAUAGAUUUUAAAUUCAAUUUGAAUUCUAACUUUAGUAAAAAACUCUGUGUGUUCCAAAUGUCGUCUGCAGGGCAAUUUUGUGUUUCUUAUUUUUCUGUGCUGCAAUCAUAGUUUUAAUAUAAAAAGAGAUAAAACAAGUUUUUCUCAUAAUUGUGGAUAGAUUGCAAAAAAACUAAACAAAUAAUAAAAAAACAAAAGAAAACUUAGCCAUCAUACCCUUGGAUCUUUUUUUAUUCAGUUAUUAUUUUGAUAAUAAUUAUAACAUUGUACUUAUAGAACUUAUGUGUAUUAAAUAAGCAUUUCUUUAUAUAUUUUUUCAGCUGCUGUGUUGCCAUCACUUACGGAUCUUGUCGUUUUGAAAAUCGAAGGAAAUCGUUGUGUGGACUCUGGUGGCCUAAACGCUUUGGGUAAUACGCAAUAUCACAGAUGUCCAUUUUGCUUUUGCAUUUGAAAAAAUCUUAUAUCAUAUAGUAGUGUUUUGAAUUAUUUGCCACAAUCUCAUAUUUUUUCCUGUCUUUUUAUUUCCUGCUGGAAUAACUGCCUGAUAUUUCAUAAUUGAACCCACGAUAGAUUAUAAUAGAUUAAUUUAUUAUUGAACAUCACCGCAGAGGGCAAGUUUGGUUACUUCGUUUUUCACACAUGGCUUCUCCAUUUUGGCUUUGUCUUUGUUAAACAAAUCAUGGCUCGUUGUAAAAAAUCAUGUGUUGAUGUCCAUCUGAGGAUGCAUUUACCUAAUUUUAAGACCUGCUAAGGAACAGGUGAUUGUUAUUAUGUCUUGAUAUGUAAAACCAUAGAAUUAAAAGAGGGGGUGAUUUCUGUUACCCAUGACUGUAAAAAACACAGGUAUCAAAGCAGAACAACAAACCACAACAGAUUGAGAAUGCUGGAGUACCAUUGUGUAGAACAGGAAACCGAGAAUAUUGUACUUUGUGCAACCACUUGCUACAGCUUCACUCAUUGUCCAGUCAGCCAAAUCACUCAUUAUGCCUGUACAUGAUUACUGACUGCUAUGGUAAUGCUUCCUUCUAUUCUAUCAUCACUCUUUCUGUCUAGCUCAAGCACUACCAUCUCUGGUGAAUCUGGAAGAACUGUAUCUUCCCAGUGGUCCAGCCAUGAAGGAAUCUGCAAUAGUUAUCAUCCGGCAGUUCAAGCAUCUACCGAACCUUAAAAACAUUUAUCUUACCAAUAAUGUCUUGGAUGACAGCAGCUUGAUGGCAUUAGGUGAGAUGGGUGGUGGCAGCAUCAUGCAGCAACUGAAGUGCUAAAACAAGUAAAAAUUCCAUAUACCUUUGCAGUGUAUCUUUUUGCUUAUUAGUAAAAUAGUUUCUACGCUUUUGACUUCACUUUUAACAUAGAUAAGAAAUUGAUUAUAAUGGUUUUAUAUGUGAUUGUCAUCAAACUCUAUCGAAUCUUCUUUAACUACUGUAUUUUUAGCAGUUUUUCAACUAGUGUUUUUUUCUGUUUUUGAGCCUGUGUUACCAUUUAUAAUAGCUGAUGUGUCUUAGAUGAUACGCAUAUAUCAGUGUUUGGAUGCUUUAUGUUUUCUCAAUGUGUUGCAUCGGCCCAUUGAUACCUUACCAUUGUGAUGAUAUAUUGUAUGCACCAGUGGAAAUGGAUUUGCACUAGAUUUUAAACUCUGAAGUACUGCAAAUGAUUAUAUGGACUCUGUAGGCACCAUAACUACCUUAACAAACUGAAAUGGUUAUAGUGCCUGGAGGCCUUGGUUGGCGGUCCCACAUACAUGUUAAACUGUUUAUUCUUUGUUUAGCAGAGAUGCUCAGUCUCUAGUAGGCUACAGAACAGUCUUCGAUGAUGAUGUGGCAAAGACCAUCACUGGCAUGGUAUGGUAUGGCAUUGGCAAAGCAUAUAUACGCCUUUACCAUAUCAAAAUUGGAGGCUGGGUUGCAGGCUGAUGGUGAUCUAGCAUCUCUGGUGUGAACGGAUAACAUUAAUGUGUGACCUAGCACCAGUGGAAUCCAAACACCAUAAUCACUUAAAUUUGUUGAAGUGGAUAUGAUGCCUAUAGUGAAAUGUCAAUGCGUAAAAUGAUGUUGAAUAAAUAUCCCCUAACCCCCAUUCUUAUUUAGAUGUUCAGCAUCUGGCAAAGAGUGUGACAUCUCUCCUUAUCUUUCCUGCUCAGAAUGUAGAUCUCCAUCGGUUACACAACUACAUCUCCCACGAUGCUUUUCCACCCCUUAGAGUGGCUGACAAAUAAAUUGUAGUCCUAAGACAUAUGGGGAUCUGCCUAGGUCUAAUGUAUUUUAGGCCACUAUGGUGGAGAUUUAACAAAAUGUAAUCUUCUACAAAAGGGACAAAGUACUUAAAGUAGGGAAUCACUAGGGAAACCAGUGACUUCUGGAGGUAUAUUACCUCUUUUUGACAUCUCCUCUUUUACAACAUUGCAACAUUUGUCAGAACAUAAAACUUGAUAAAUCUCACCUUUCACUUCAUUACAUUAGCGUAAAUUAUCAAAGUGUUCUGAAAAUGUCUUUCUGGUGCAAAAAUAAACUAAAAAAAUAAACUAAAAAAUGUAAUGCAAAUAAACAAAAGCUAGCACAAAAGUAAAAUUACAGAAAAGUUGCAAACAAAAAAGUAGGGAGAAAACUGUCAGAAUUGAUAAUUCACUACAGAAAUAAGUACAUGAAAAAAGGUUAUACAUCUUAAUACAUCUCUCCCAAUGUGUCAUCUUGGCCAGAUGAUGUAUUAGACAAUGUGAUCUUUUAACAGGAGUAGGAUGGCUGUGAGUUUGGGGGAAGCAGUGUCAAUAAUUAAUAAUAAUUCUGCUUUAUGCGUUUAACUGUGGUAUGUUUGACUUUGAGCCUACCUCUGUUUCAGUAUGUCAAUCAUGUUUUGUUAGAAUUUAGUGUUUGUCUUGCUUACCUAUUGUACAGUACCGCAUAAUAUGCUGGCACUAUAUAAAUAAUUGUAACUGUAACAUAAAAGCGAUUUAAAAAAUGUAGGGACCUCAAAUCACAGAAGUGGAAAAAAAUCUCCAAGUGUGCUAUAAUUUCACCUUGGCUAUUAUGAUUUAGAAUUCACUUUGAAUUACCGACACAUUACACUCUAGUAAGUAACCCUGAUUCUGUUUGAAGGAACACUAUAGUCACCAAAAACAACUUUUUCUUAAUGAAGCAGUUUUUGCAUAUAGAUCAUGCCCCCGAAGUCUCAUUGCUAAAUUCUCUUCCAUUUAGGAGUCAAAUUAAUUUUGUUUCUGUCCAUGCAGCCCUAGCCACACCUCCCCUGGCUGUGAAUGACACAGCCUGCACGAAUAAAAUGGUUUCAGUUUUAACCAGAUGUUAGCUUGCUUUAGAAGUUUUUAUCACCUGCUUUGUAAAUUGAACUUUAAUCACACAAGGUCUAGCAAGUUUAACAAAGCAACAGAUAAGAAAUUCUAAAUAAUACAGAAUUUGCUAUAAAGGAUGUCUAAACAUUAGAUGACUCUUUACAGGAAAUGUUUAGAAAGCCUAUGCAAGUCACAUGCAGGGAGGUGUGACUAGGGUGCAUAAACAACGUGAUUUAACUCCUAAAUGGCAGAGUGAGACUGCAAGAGCAUAAUUUAUACACCAAAACUGCUACAGUUGUUUCACUAUAGUGUCCCUUUAAGUUUGGGAGAUAUCAGAGCAGUCAAAGUGGUUAAAUGCAUAUACGAUAUUUAAUCUGUAUUUGUAAACUGCAACUAGAAGACUUAAUUUGAGUGUUACUCAUUUUGAAAUGUAUUUUUUUUUCGCUUAUAGUGGAUGUUUAGCUUGUUACUGAAUUGAAUAAACCCAGCAGGUAUCUUUUAUUCUUGAUGCUAGAUGUUAUUUAUCAUAAAUUAAUUCUGUAUUGCAUCUUUUUCAGCUCACGAGACAAAAGAAGGCAAUUUAAGCAAUCUCAGCAUGCUAAAUCUCUCUGCAAACCAUGAUAUCACACAGGCUGGAUGGAGGGACUUCUUUCUAACAAUAGACAACUUGGCAAGUUUGACGGAACUAUGCAUUGCCAGGGUGUAUGCCCAUCAGUUUAAAACAGACCCGUCAACUCUGAUUGCUUUAGUGCAAUGUGUUUCCCGGCUUCACCGCCUUAAUAAGCUGAUCAUGCAUGGAUGGUUAUUGGAUGAAAAAGAUCUUGAGAUGUUUAAUGCAAUGAAACAAAAGCAUCCUCAGUCAAAAAGCUUUAUGCUUCUGUGGCAAUGGAUAUUACCGUUCCGUCCUAUUGUGAAUGAGUAAUCAUUUAUCAUAAAGGUUAUGUCUUAAUAUUAAACAUCAUAUAUCACGUAGCAUCUUACAGCAUAUUAUUAUUAUUAUUAUGAUAUUUAUAGAGCGCCGUCAAGUUCCGCAGCGCUUUACAAUAGGUGGACGAACAGACAUGUAGUUGUAACCAGACAAGUUGGACACACAGAAACAGAGGGGUUGAGGGCCCUGCUCAAUGAGCUUACAUGCUAGAGGGAGUGGGGUAAAAUGACACAAAAAGGUAAGGAUAGUAUUAGACUAAUGACAGUUGCAGAAGAGGAAUCAGCCGGGAGCUAUUAACAGUCUAAUCGAUAUGCUUUUAUGAAGAAGUGGGUUUUUAACGAUUUUUUGAAGGAGUGGAGACUGGGUGAGCAUCUAACGGAGGAGGGAAGCAAGUUCUACAGGAACAGUGCAGCCCUCGAGAAAUAGAAAGGGCUGAGUUUAUUUUCUAUAGAUAUCUUCUCUGUUCCAAAAGGGAUUUAUCGAGAUGUUAAGUUACAAUUGUCCCUCUUUACUGCCUCCAAAGACUAUUAUAUCCUGGAAUGUGUUCACAUCUUGAUUCACUAUACUUUGUGUGUUUAGUGAAUAACCACAUGCAUUUAGUUUAGACAUUCUUGUGCUCUGACAUUUAUUUUAGACAUUUACUGUUAUAGCACAGAUAUGCUACACAUUGAUGCUUCUGAUAUACAUCUUUUCCUUUAAGAGUUAUUGGAGCUGGGAACAAAGAAGAAGCGUGGCCAACUAUUUAGGUCAAUGUCCAUUAAAUGGUACCUUUUGGCUCUAAUACAUAUGAUUUCGACCAAUAUAACUCAUUCAUUCAUUCAUUCAUAGAAUCUUUAUAAAAAACACAGAGCUUACAUUGGAAUUUUAUUGAAUUUUCAAAGCAAUCAGAAGAUUUACAUGAGGCGUAGUAUGGACUUCAUUGUUUAAUGUUAUUAGCAGUAUAGAAGAAGGCGGCACUUCAAUCAGCAGUAUAGAAAAAGGCGGCACUUCAAUCAGCAGUAUAGAAGAAGGCGGCACUUCAAUCAGCAGUAUAGAAGAGGGCGGCACUUCAAUCAGCAGUAUAGAAGAGGGCGGCACUUCAAUCAGCAGUAUAGAAGAGGUCGGCACUUCAAUAAGCAGUAUAGAAGAGGGCGGCACUUCAAUCAGCAGUAUAGAAGAAGGUGGCACUUCAAUCAGCAGUAUAGAAGAAGGUGGCACUUCAAUCAGCAGUAUAGAAGAGGGCAGCACUUCAAGCAGCUACUUAAAAACAAAGUUAACAUCUGGGAUCUAUAGACAGGCAGCUUCCUAUGUUGUACUCAAUAGAUACCUAGAGAAUCUCAAUGCACAUUGACAAGCUUGUGUAUGGAGGAUCCAAUGUCUUGGGGGACCUUCAAGAGACUUAAAUUUUCCACAAUAAUGGACUGGUAGAUGUCACUAGGACCUGAAGAUGGAGUCCAACAGAAACAAGGACAGAGAGGUUUAGGUAAGUAUAUGUGCCUUUCUCAUACCCCCCCCUGUGGCAACCACAGAAGUGGAAAUGUUUGUUGCCUUGUGGGUCCUUACAAUAAAAAAAUGACCGCACAAGGGUAGCUUCCACUUUAAUGCUACUGCUACUCUAUGGUAGAAGGAAAUACACAUCGUCUCAGCUUCCUUUUUCUCUCUAUUAUUCUCAGAUUUUUAGCUGUAAAAUAUGAUCUGUUUUAAUCCAGUGCCCAAUCUCCUGUAGCAAAGUUAAGCAUCCUGCAAGUAUUGUAAUUCUAAGAUUUUCCCGGAAAAAUAAAACAUUUC